CCCGCGUCACUUCCCUUUCCCCCAAUCGUUACCCACGUCCCCUUCCCCAUCUCUCUGUCUCUCUGUCAGCCUUCUUCCUCUAAUGGAAUGUGAAGAAGAUCAUCGUCUCCUUGAAGUGGCGAAGGCGCUGCUCCUCCUUAGGGCUAGCCUACCGCCAGAUCGGCCGCCGGCCUCAACGAAACGCCCAUUUAGGAAGCAUCGGCUCCCUCCGGUGGUGAAGCCGGUGAUGAAUACCAAGAAUGCUUCCUCUGUUUUCCUUCCUACAUGGGGAGUUCGUCAAAAGAGAUCUAGUAAUAGGGUGAAGUCGAAGCGAAAGCGUAUGGAAGGCCCGCAGUGCUUGGGUGCUGUGGAUGCGUCUCGUGUUCACCGGAGUCCGGAUACGCCUCUGGACUUGGGACGCGGCUUUGAUCCCUCCACCAGCGGAAGGGAUUGGUUACCGGCUUCCUCCGAGAUCCCUCCCUGCAAGCGCUUCCGCGCCUGCGAGACCACCGCCCCUCAAGGAUUUGGCUCACACAUAAAGGUGAGCAAGGUUGAGCCGCCAUCGAUGGUGGAAGACCGCCCUGCGCAGCCCAUGAAGCGGCAGGGUAGGAAGAAGACAAAAUCUGAGCUUCAGGCGGAGGAGAGAUUCUUCUUGGAGGACAACCAACGGCUUACGAAGAUACUGGAAUUAGAAAUGAUUGAAAGAGAGGCCAUGAUUGCGGAGAACCAGAGGUUGUUGAGCGAGUUGGCAAGCUCGCAAAGAGCCCCGGCUGAAGCGGAACCUGAAAAGCCUAAUUUCAUAUUACCAGAUUUAAAUGAGCCUUUGCUGGGGUGUCUGGAGCCACGCCGCGGUUCUUAAACAUAAGCCAUCUCUUUGCCGUUUAUACGAAAUAAUCAGAUGAUAUUGAAACGUCAUCGAUUAUUUGGUCAGAAAACCGGGGUUUCUGUCUGCAUUCAGUAUAUCCCCGCAAUGCCUUACCGACACGCGUUGUUUAGUGGUCUUUCUUUUUUCUAAAUGUUUAGCAGCUCAAUCAUUCUGUAGAAGGAAAUUUGAGCAUCGAUAUUAGAAUGAGUUUAAUAGUCAUUUGAAUUUGUGUAGAAUUUAUUUCAAAAAUUUAUUGGCUAUAAUGAAUUUUAUAGCCAUCAAAUUUGUUUUGAAUUAAAUUCAACCUAGUUAUCAACUGAUUAGCACUACAUUGCCCAUCAAAAACUAAUCAAUAAUUGUCGGACUCAUUAUUCUAAUAUCGAUGCUCAAAUUUUCUCUGUACAUAUACAUGUUAUCAUUUCUUUUUUUUAAUCUCUGCUUAUGCUCAGUAGGGCUAACCAUUACGCGUGGAGCUUGAAUUUCUAGAUAAAGAUUUGACGGUUUUUCGGUUUUAUAAAUUGAAUGGAUUUAUUUCAAUGUUUUUGUUUGGAUGUGUUCAUGCAUG